GAAACACGUACUGAGCACUUCCGUUCGGCCUCGAUCAGCUGCUUCCGGUUGUAACAUGGAUCUGGUUUAAACACGACUCUGUGAGGCAGAUCUCGUGAAGGACAGUCAUGUCUGCGUCAGUGAUCAUCAAAGAUGCUGACAUGGCAUUAAAUAAAACCAAUGAAUCUCAUACGCAUGAUGUCUCAGAUGUGUGUGUGCGCGGCCCCGGCGACGGCAUGGAGAUGCACAGGCCCCCGGAGGCCCCGCUCCCGAAGCUGGCGUCCCCGAAGCCCAGUCCCAGAUCUCCGGCGCCUCCGGGGGUCCUGCACCUGGGCAAGGUGAGCCGGGACGUGUGUGUGGAGCUGGAGUGUGUGAGGAUCGUGGUCCCCCGGGCCGCCAUCAGCCGCUGCGCUCGAGCCGGGCCCUACGCUGAGGACCGCGGGUCCCCUCAUCAUCACGGGGACGAGCCGGAGCCGGAGCCGCUGGACUACAGGAUCCUCCUGGAGAAGCUGCAGAACUCGGAGCGCCGGCUCCUGCAGGAUAAAGAGGGUCUCUCCAACCAGCUGCGGGUCCAGACCGAGGUGAACCGAGAGCUGAAGAAGCUGCUGGUGGCGUCGGUGGGCGAUGACCUUCAGUAUCACUUUGAGCGACUCUCGCGGGAGAAGAACCACUUGAUCCUGGAGAACGAGGCGCUGGGACGAAGCCACACACACACGGCCGAGCAGCUCGAGCGCAUGAGCAUUCAGUGCGACGUCUGGAGGAGCAAGUUCCUCGCUAGCCGUGUGAUGGCAGAGGAACUGACCAAUGCCAGAGCAGCUCUUCAGCGCCAGACCAGAGACGCUCAGUGUGCCAUUCAGGAUCUGCUGCGAGAACGAGACGAGUUCUCCAGAGACAUGCUGCAUACACACAGGUCUCUGGAGCAGUUGCUGGUGUCACUACAGUGGGGUCGACAGCAAACCUACUAUCCCAGCGCGCAGCCGCUCAGCACCGGAGAACUGGCCUCAGCCAAUCACAAGCUUGCGGACGCCAUUAACUCCCACCUGCUGGGGAACAUGGGCGGCAGCGGCGGCCCGAAGAAGAGCCGGAACCAGAACCAGAACCAGAACCAGUGCCAGACCUCAGAGCUCUGCAACACGCCGGCCGAGAAGAUGGCCGAGAAGGUGCUGCGGAGUCUCGACCCCAUUUCCUGUUCUGAACAGGAAGUGGACGCAUCACCGACUGACCCGCAUCAUUCCCACUUCCUGCCCAGCAAGAAGAGCAUUGGCCGCUUCCACCCGUACACGCGCUACGAGAACAUCACCUUCAACUGCUGCGAGCGCUGCCGCGGGGAGCUAACCGUGCUUUAGCCGUCAGACGCUAGCACUAAUGCUAGUGCUUCAGGUGCCGAAGACAAACCCCUCGAUCUCACACACACAACAUCAGAUUGACCUCUGACCUGACGCAAGCUCACUGUGCUGUAGCCGUCAGAUGCUA